CGAGACAGCCGUAUGUUUCGGGUUAUCCGUGUCACCGCGCUGGACUGUGACUCUCUCUGUCACGAUUUUUAUCCCUCCGUCCUCAGCACUGUCCACAUCCAGCACGUGGGAGGGGCGCGGAGGGGGGAGGGGUGUCCACCUCAAGCUUGACCUGAAAACCCAGAGAAAGUGGGAAUUCAAACAAUAUUUUACGAUUUACGCGAACCGUAAAAACGUGAGCCACGUGGCACGUGCUCGGCUGAGGGCGCGCGCCUCGCAAGUGCUGGCGCCACUUCCUGGGCUGCGAUCAGAGCGAGGACUGCUGCGCCCCCCCGGGACCCGGCAGGAUGAAGGAGUGGUGGCUCCAGGUGGGGCUGCUGUGUGUGCCGCUCAUCGCGGUCUACCUGCACAUCCCCCCACCCCAGCUGUCCCCGGCCCUGCAGGGCUGGCGAACCACAGGAGCCUCCUUCACCUUCAAGGGCCACAGCAUCUUCUACAGAGAAUCGUUUGGCGUUCUGGGGAGUUCCGACGUGGUGAUUCUCCUCCAUGGGUUUCCCACCUCCAGCUAUGACUGGCACAAGAUCUGGGACCCCUUGAGUCAACGCUUCAACAGGGUCAUUGCGUUGGACUUCCUGGGCUUCGGCUUCAGCGACAAGCCUCGCCCCCACCGCUACUCCAUCUUUGAGCAGGCCAGUGUCGUGGAGGCCCUGGCCUCCCACCUGGGCCUGUCCAAUCAGAGGGUCAACCUCCUGUCCCAUGACUAUGGGGACACUGUGGCCCUGGAGCUGCUUUACAGGAGCAACCACAACAAAACAGGGCAUCUGAUGAUCAACAGCGUCUGUCUGUCCAACGGAGGCAUUUUUCCAGAGACGUACUAUCCAAGGUUCCUACAGAAGUUGCUGAAGGACUCUGGCUUCCUGUCCCCAGUGCUGACGAGGCUCACCAACUUCCUGCUCUUCUCGCGAGGCAUGAGGGAAGUGUUCGGCCCUUACACCCAGCCCUCGGAGGCCGAGCUGUGGGACAUGUGGACGGGACUUCGCUUCAGUGACGGGAACCUGGUCCUGGACAGCAUCCUGCAGUACAUCAACCAGAGGCUGAAGCAUCGGGAGCGUUGGGUGGGGGCUCUCACCUCCACCCUCAUUCCGUUGCACAUGAUCUAUGGGCCACUGGACCCAGUAAACCCUCACCCUCAGUUUAUUAGCUUGUACCGCUGGUGCAGAGGUCCACAGUGUCCAUUCUCGAUGAGCAUAUCAGUCACUACCCUCAGCUGGAGGACCCCGCUGGCUUCGUCAAUGCCUAUCUCAACUUCUUCAACUCCUUCUGAUGAGCCUCCAUCCAGACUGAGCAACUGCAGAGUUACCAAUGGGCUCGUCUCCUCAAGUAUCCUUCCGUCUGAGUCCUUUGGUCUCGCGCAGGUUAGACAUUGCUGUCUUGCUCCCAGAGGUGGCCGCCAGGGAGGAGAAAAUAAAAAGGCAAACAUUCACUAAAAAGUAGGUAAUUUUUUUUUUUUUUUUCCCCCCAUCUAAAAUGUGAACGAGUUCUUCCAGACCACUGUACAGAGAUCUGUUGUGAAGAAAUGAUGACGUGUGCAUCAUGCGCAUCAUGCUUACUUCAGCCUAGCAGUGUUGCAAAUGAGAAAUGAAUGUUUUCUGCAGUGAUGGGAUACGUGUCUGAAAAUAUUUCCCGGGGCACACAAGCAAGCCCACUAGCAAUACUGUGCAUAUCAAGAAAAGAUUUAAUUCUUUGAUGCUUUGUAGGGUCAUGGUUAAGAUGGGAGACUUUUAGAAAAGCCCUUUAUGAAUGUUAUAUGAGCAAUUUUUGCAAAUAUCCUUUUUGAACUGUAAAAACUGGUAAAUGAUACAAUUGUAUUUUAUGCAAAUUAAACUAGUUUUUCAGAAAUGUUUUUUUGCCUUUCUUUUGACUAAAUUUAACUUCGAAAACUGUGCUUUCUGCAGUCACUAGGUGUGGUCCUUUACCUUCAUUCACAAAAGACAGUUCCCUAAAGUG